CAAGAAGAUAUGUCCACACAACACAAUCUGAAAUUCUAAUCUCUCUAUCUCAUCAAACCGAUAGAUAAUCAAUCUAUCUGAAAAAAAUGGCGCAGUGCAUAACUAAUACCUUUGUUCAACCAAAACCUUUCCUUCCACUUUCCCCAAAAAACUUGCAGAAUCAACAAGGGAAAAAGACAGUGAGUAAUUUCGGAGUGUGGUGUAAGAAGAAAGACAUACACCCAAAAUUCUACGAGGAUGCUAAGGUUUAUUGUAACAAUGAACUUGUUAUGACAACGGGUGGGACCCAGAAAGAGUAUGUGGUUGAUGUUUGGUCAGGUAACCAUCCUUUUUACCUCGGUAACCGUUCUGCUUUUAUGAUUAGCGAUGAUCAGGUGGAGAAGUUCCGCAAGAAGUUCGGUGGACUCUCAGAGAUUAUGGACAUUCCUGUCCUCAAAGGUGAAAUUGUUGUUCCUUCUAGACGUAAAGGGCUUAAAGGUGGGAAGAAGAAGUAGUUUAUUUCUCAUGUCAUGUUAAUUUUUCCCAUUUCAACUGUGUUUGCCUGUAUGCUGUUUGACAUAUUGUCUCCUUUCUUUUUUCUUUUUUAUGUUCAAAUUGUUAUUCAUGUGAUGUUGUUUCCUCCAACUGUUGAGAUCUCUUGAGUGUGUGAAUAUGUGAUUCUUCCAAUUUUAUCAUGUUUUAAAAGGAAGUUGCAUGUGUUA